AUACAAAGAAACUGCCAAGGACCAGGUACACAACCCAUCCAUCUGUUUCUUUUUCUUCCGUUUUCGCAUAAAAUAAUUACUGAAUAAUUUCCAUUAUUAUUGUUUAGUAGUAGUUAAACCUUGUCGUCUCCGAGUCAAUCCACGUAUAAAGAGCAAUAGGAACCAACCACGUUUCAUAAGCAAAGAGGAAGGAGACCAGAGGAAAAAAAAAAUGGAAGAGCUAAAGCCAAGGCCUGCAAGUUCUUCCCCCCUCACCCCGUUAGGCUUCUUAGAAAGAGCAGCCACCGUGUACGGUGACUGCACCUCCAUUAUCUACAAUAACACUUCCUACACGUGGUCAGACACGCACCGUCGAUGUCUCCAGAUAGCAUCUUCCCUGUCAUCCACCGGCAUCAAAAGGGGACACGUCGUCUCUGUUUUAGCCCCCAACAUCCCAGCCAUGUACGAGCUUCACUUUGCUGUUCCCAUGACUGGUGCUGUCCUCAACAGCAUCAACACCCGUCUUGACGCCCGUAUAGUCUCCAUACUCCUACGCCACUGCGAAUCAAAGCUCCUCUUUGUUGACACCCUGUCUCGAUCUCUAGCCCUGGAAGCCAUCUCCUUGUUUCCUCCUAACACAAAGCCCCCACUUCUUGUCUUAAUCGGAGAUGAUUCUGCUGAUGCUGAGAGUUCCGAUUCUUCUUCAUCGACCGUUGAUUCUCGCUUCUGUUGCACAUACGAGAGCCUGGUGAAGAAAGGUGACCCUGAUUUCAAGUGGGUUAGACCUCAAAGUGAGUGGAAUCCAAUUGUUUUGAACUAUACAUCAGGUACGACCUCAUCUCCCAAGGGAGUGGUUCAUAGCCACAGGGGAACUUUCAUGAUGACACUUGACUCUUUAAUCGACUGGGGAGUUCCAAAACAACCUGUCUACUUGUGGACACUCCCGAUGUUUCAUGCAAAUGGGUGGAGUUUCACUUGGGGCAUGGCGGCUGUUGGUGGGAUCAAUGUUUGUGUUCGAAAAUUCGAUGCCCCCAUUAUCUAUAGUUUGAUCAAGAAACAUGGUGUCACUCACAUGUGUGGAGCGCCUGUCGUGCUUAGCAUGUUAUCAAAUUUUCCUGAAAUCAAACCACUCCAAAGUCCUGUCAAAAUCUUGACUGCUGGAGCUCCACCGCCAGCGGCUGUGCUUUUCAGGACCGAGGCACUUGGUUUCAUAGUGAGCCACGGCUACGGGUUAACCGAAACAGGAGGGCUGGUGGUGUCUUGUGCUUGGAAAAGGGGAUGGAACAAGUUGCCAGCGACGGAGAGAGCGAGGCUGAAAGCAAGACAAGGAGUGAGAACUCUUGGGAUGACGGAAGCGGACGUGGUGGACACUGAGUCAGGACUCAGUGUAAGACGAGACGGGUCAACGCUAGGGGAGAUCGUUUUAAGGGGUGCUUGUAUCAUGUUGGGGUAUUUAAAAGACCCAAAUGGGACAAACAAGUGCAUGAAAGAGAAUGGUUGGUUUUUCACCGGAGAUGUUGGGGUGAUGCACCCUGAUGGAUAUAUGGAGAUCAAAGAUCGUUCAAAGGAUGUUAUAAUUAGCGGUGGAGAGAAUCUUAGCAGUGUUGAAGUUGAGUCUAUUUUGUAUAAUCACCCAGCAAUCAUCGAAGCAGCGGUGGUGGCUAGGCCAGAUGACUACUGGGGAGAGAUUCCUUGUGCAUUUGUGAGUUUGAAAGCUGGGUUAACUCAGAAACCGAGUGAAAAGGAGAUUAUAGAGUAUUGCAGAGCUAAGUUGCCACACUACAUGGUACCCAAAACGGUGGUGUUUAAGGAAGAAUUGCCCAAGACCUCAACAGGGAAGAUUCAGAAGUUUUUACUGAGAGAGAUUGCAAAGGGGAUGGGUUCGUCUUCCACAAGGGUGAGUAAAAUGUGAGCCGAGUUGAAUCCAGAGAGUUACUCUUUGUCAUGUUGCACCCAUGUCUGGGUCAACAUGCUAAGAGAUGGGAUUGUCUUAUUUAUGAAGAUUCAAUAAAACUGUGUCGUGUAUCUACGAUUUUAAUUACUAUAAA